AUGGACAUUCGAAGCAUGCUCAACUCGGGCUCGGCCGCUGCCCAACAAUUCAAGGAGCAGCAGCAGCAGGACCUGCAGCAGCCUCGGCGGCAACACAGCAGCAACGGCAACGGCGAGGAGAUUGAUCUCGAUCUCGAUAUCGACCUUGACGACAACCCCGACGACGACGACAAGGAAUCUGGCAGUUCCUCCGAUGCCGAAGGCACUGUCUCAAUCGAUCGUCCCUACGAGUGUGUCUGGGUGGACUGCACAAAGUCAUUCUCAAGACGAUCUGAUCUGGCAAGACACAGACGUAUCCACACCGGUGAAAGGCCAUACCAAUGUGAAUGGGCUGGCUGUGGAAAGCAAUUUAUCCAACGCUCAGCCCUGACGGUGCACUACCGUACCCACACUGGCGAGCGCCCCCACGUCUGCGAAUACGAGUCCUGCCAAAAAUCCUUCAGCGAUUCAUCUUCUCUGGCUCGCCAUCGUAGGACCCACACUGGCAAACGGCCUUAUGUCUGCGAGAACCCAGGCUGCGGAAAGACUUUCACCCGACGCACAACCCUGACCCGUCAUCAAAAGGGCCACGAGCCUGACCUCAAAACAUUUAUCAGCGACAACAGAGAGCAACUUGCGGCCGCAGGAAUCCUUGUUGCUAUCCCACAAUCCCGCCCUCACUUGCAACGGUCACAGUCGCACUCUGUCUCCAACUCGUCGCCUCCCUCGCCCAGCCCCAACGGCCACUCUCACUCCCACUCUCACUCCCACUCUCACUCUCACACCAAUGGAUAUCUGCCACCCAUGAACCAGGAUCGUUUCGGGACAUCACCCUUGGGCUCUCGCUCUGUCGGACCAGCAUCGUCAAAGUACUUUGGAACCAGUUCUCCCGGCUCGAUCCAGGGCGCAUUCGGUCACUCGUCCUCAUACCAGGGAGAAGAGUCGAACAUUACCCGUCCUAUGCACCAUCACAGCCACAGCCACAGCCACAGCUACAGUGGUGAUCACGGAAUGAACGGUCGUCAGCACUACCCCCCGGCUGGAUCGGGUCAUCAGCAUUACAACUCGGACCAUGGUCACCAUGAAAUGUCGUCAUCGCUUCCUUCUCAUUUCCACAUGCAUCAAUCUCAGUCACGGCCUGUCCGGUGGGAGCCUCAGGGAUCGAACGGUCACAGCCAGCACGGUCGUACAAACAGCCAGAGCCCGACAGCAGAGCCCACGGACGUUGCAAUGUCUUCCUCCUUGCCUGCUGGAUACGGUCAACCUGCCAUGUCUUUUGCACACCACAGCGGGCCCAACAACGGAUCGCCUUCUGGACCUCCUCCUCCCCACCCCCACCAUCAUCACCGUCAACAACACUCGCAGGAUUAUGGUCGGUCGUCACAGGGACCCUCGUCGCCCUCCAUUAACGGCCACUUUAACUAUGAGCACGGACGGUUUGCAGACAGUGAGAGAUCGCACCACCAGCAUUCGUUGUCGGGAUCAUUUUCACACUCGGGGUCGUCAAGAGGCAGCCCGGGACCUUACUCGCAGUCGUUCCCCACUCACUCGCACAUGCAGUCACCUCAACAACCACAGUCUCCACACAUCAACGGUCACGGUAGCGGUCAUCACCACUACUCCUCAUCGCCUUCUUCGUCCUCACACUUUCAAUCGCAGUCGUCCCCUUACCAAGGGUCGCCGUCUCAUUACAGCAGUGGACACCAUGCCUCGUCCUCGAUGGACGACCGGCGGUUCCAUUCUGCGCCCAUCCCUGUCCGCAACCGCUCUUAG